AUGCCUAUGAAGGGAAGCGUGGCCUCUAGCAGGCCUUCCAUAAAUAAUGAUGUGAAAACUUUCCUCGCCGCAUGGAACAAGUAUGGGGCUAAGAGAUAUGUUGGUCUUACUGUCGGAAACGAGAUCUAUAGUGAUACUUUGAAUAACGUCGUAGCCGAGGUGGACGAUGUAAGAAAUCAACUUCGUGCAGCUGGUGUGCAAACCCUUGUCUCCACUUCUCAUACCUGGGUGAUGAUUCGAGACAACCCUACGAUUCUUUGCCGCACCGAUUUCGUCGCGGCGAACGCGCACGCAUUCUAUGACACCAACACCAUUGCGGCUAAAGCUGGGGAUUUUGUGUUCAAGGUUGUCGUACCUGCACUACAACGUGCUUGCCCAGGGAAGCAGAUUACCAUCACAGAGUCUGGUUGGCCAUCCCGUGGCUCGACGGACGGAUUGGCCGUCCCUUCAAUACCUAAUGAGCUUUCAGCAUUACUUAACCUGAACUGUGCUUGUCGUGAUGAUACCAGUAUCUCCGUUUACGCCUUUGAGUACGACGACCAGGAUUGGAAGGAUGAUGAUGAUGAACGGAGCUUUGGGAUCUCUGGGAAGCUCAAUUUUGGGGAUAUUUUUGCUCAGUGUUAG